GUUUUUGAGAAAUUUUAUAAAACUUAAUCAAGAAAAUCUUGGAAAAUAUUUUAAGUUUUUAAAAUUCUUAAACAUUUAAUUAUUUAUUUUCAAACAUCAAACGAAGUUAAAGUCAAGCUACAAAAGUAAUAUUGGACGAGUUAAACAACUUCAUAUCGAGGGACUGUGUCAAUCAAAUGAAAUUUCUCAUUAAAUCCUAAAAUAAUCAACAAACAAAGCAGAAACUUUUAUUUACAUUAUCAUAUAAUCCACAACAAUAAUCCUAAUCGUGAAAUUAGUCAGCGAACAAAUCGUAAAAUUUAGUCUUAAAUUCAUUUUCGAAAAUCCAAAACAUUCGACAUCAGCAAAGAGGAAUGUAAAGUAUAAACAAUUUUAACACAGGAUUGAAGCAACAGAAGCACACGAAAAUGAUGGAUUCAAGCACACAACUUGAUUUAUAUUUGACAGAAAUAUCAAUAGAAUUGCUUGGUAAUCGAAUAUAUGAUGUUAAUGGCACACGACAAAAUCGAUUGAUUAGUUUGUUCCAAGCUUUGCCAGAAGAGGAUUGUGAUAAUGAUAAAAGUGAAAAUUCAGUAGAUAUAUUAUGUAGUUUAGGGUAUGAACAAAAUUUUAGCGAUAAUGAGGACUCUGCGAUUAAUAUGCUGGAGGAUCAGAUGGAUUUCAUACUGUCUGACGCUAACAAUUCAUCAGGUACAAAUAAGGAUAUUAUAGAUAAUUUAAGAACAAUAAAGUCAAAUCAGAUGCAGUUAUUGAAAGAUUCAUCUGAGACACAUGUUAGAAAACUGGUUGAGCGUAAGAAAAUUGUCACAUCACUUAAUAAGAUAAGACAAGCUAAGGCCAGAGAAUGUACAUCAGUAGCCACCCAAAAAAAAGUCAUAGCAGAUCUAUACACAGCAGAAAGAGACAAUCUAUUAAAAUCCUGCAUGAAUACAAUUCGUCUCAUAAAAUACAUAAUAAAUGACACUCGAAAUGAAAAGUUGAAAGGUGAACUUAUAGCAUUUGUGCAUGCAAUGAGGAGUGUAAGGGAAAGCCAUCCAAACAACAUCCGACGGAAAGUUAAGAAACCUUAUAAGAAGGAUAAGAAAGUUGAUAAAUAAAUAAAAAAAAGUCAUUGUGAUAAUAAAUUUAUGUUUAUAAAGUAUUUUUUUCCACUU